AUGACCUCGUCAUCGAGGCGAUUUUCCUUCAGUCGUGAUGUUGAUUCUUUCGAUGAUUUGGACAAUUCACUAGACAGAGCUUUGAAUAGUGCCACAAAUACCCUACAGCUACAAAAUGGGAAUAAACAUAAUAGCCGAAACAGCUCCAUCAGUGGAGGCAUACCCUUGCAAUCUAUAAGAUCAGAUCACAGCGAUCAGGGUUAUACUGGUGACAACUCUCCAUUGAUUUCAAAUGCAUACCCUUAUAGUGGACAUCAGUCGUCUCACCAUUCAUCUAGUUCAUCAUUAAACAUAGCUGCCAGAUCAGUGUCAUCAAAAUUUAGACGCUUUUUAAGAAAGUUCAUCUUUCUUUUCAAUGAUGCUAAGCGGGAGCUAAACCAAGAAAGGCUAAAGGUGUCGGGAGCUUCCGAUUUUAGAAUCAACAAUUUGAGUGAAGAGAGAUACAUUUCGGCCAAGACUACCAACAUGAGAGCUAACAACAUCUACCCUUCAAACACCGUUUCUAAUGCAAAGUACAAUCCUAUCACAUUUAUACCGAUUAUUUUGUACGAACAGUUUAAGUUUUUCUUCAAUUUAUACUUUUUGGUGGUGGCAUUGUCCCAAAUUGUGCCUCAACUAAGAAUUGGUUACCUUUCUUCAUAUAUCGUACCAUUAGCAUUUGUGCUUUUUGUGACAAUGUUGAAAGAAGCGAGUGAUGACAUUACGAGACGUCGAAGAGAUAGAGAGCAAAAUUACGAAGUUUAUGAGGUAAUGAAUCGCCAGAGCAGCUUAACCCCCGAGCCUAAACAUGUAGCCUCAAAAGAUUUGCGGGUGGGUGAUAUUGUUCGAUUACACAAAGAUGUAAGAAUUCCUGCCGAUAUGGUCUUGCUACAAUCAACUGAAAAGACUGGUGAAGUAUUCAUCAAGACGGACCAGUUGGAUGGUGAGACUGAUUGGAAAUUACGAGUAGCACCAAGUGUCACGCAGAACUUAUCAAACAUUGGCCUGAUUAUUGACGCAAUAUCACUAAUUAUUGGAAACCCAACAAAAUCCAUUCACUCGUUUAACGGACAAUUGGUAUACAACCCGCCCACGUCAACAGGGUCAACCUCCCCAACUUCAUCAGAGACAUAUCCCUUGUCUGUUGAUCAAACGUUAUGGGCUAAUGCGGUCCUAGCAUCUGGAAGUGCGCUUGGUUUGGUCAUAUAUACUGGAAUUGAAACACGUCUCCUGAUGAAUACGACAAAAAGUGGUGUCAAAGUCGGUCUACUUGAAAUUGAGAUCAACAGUGUUUCAAAAAUAUUGUGCGCAGUCGUGUUUGCUUUAUCCGUGGCAUUAGUGCUUGCCCAUGGUUUACCAUUGGAGAAAACGUGGUAUAUUGAUAUUCUUCGAUUCUUGAUUUUGUUUUCGACAAUCAUUCCAGUGUCGCUUCGUGUUAACCUUGAUCUUGCAAAGUCAGUGUAUGCCUCACAGAUCCAAAAUGAUCCCUCUAUACCCGACACAAUUGUAAGAACGUCCACUAUUCCAGAAGACCUAGGAAGAAUUGAAUAUCUUCUUAGUGACAAGACGGGUACUCUCACUAGAAAUGAAAUGAAUUUAAAGAGAUUGCACUUGGGUAGUGUCAGCUAUGCUGGGGACACGUUUGAUAUUGUCACUGACUAUGUAAAAAACUUGAUCAACUAUCUCAAUUCACCCCAGUUUCUGCUGAGAAAGAAAGAUAUGGCAGCUAGGGUAUGUGAUUUAGUCUUGACGUUAGCUUUAUGUCACAAUGUCACCCCAGUGUUUGAUGAUGAUGUAGAAGAUGCAACAUUUGGGGAAAUUACAUACCAAGCUGCUUCGCCUGACGAGAUUGCCAUUGUCGAGUUCUGUGAAUUAGUAGGGUUGAAAUUGUUUAAACGUGAUAGGCAUAGGAUUACCUUAAUGCAUGUGCAUACUAGCCAGUUACUUGAAUUUGACGUGUUACACAACUUCCCAUUCAGCUCAGAGACGAAGCGUAUGGGUAUCCUUGUGAAAAGCAAAUUUAAGGACGAGGUAUGGUUUUUACAAAAAGGUGCAGACACUGUGAUGUCGAAAAUAGUUGGAGCAAAUGAUUGGCUUGACGAAGAGACAGGAAACAUGGCUAGAGAAGGAUUGCGUACGUUGGUAAUUGGUCGUAAACUUUUAUCAACCAGUGUGUAUGACGACUUCGCAUCAAAUUACAAAGAGGCAUCACUUUCAAUGAAAGACAGAGAUCAAACGAUGCAAAAAGUCGUGAGUUACUAUUUAGAGCAAGAUUUGGAACUUCUCGGAUUGACUGGUGUUGAGGACAAAUUGCAAACAGACGUAAAGCCAUCAAUUGAGCUAUUGAGGAAUGCAGGGAUAAAGAUAUGGAUGUUGACUGGUGACAAGGUGGAAACUGCUAAGUGUGUUUCGAUUAGUGCACGAUUAAUCUCACGAGGUCAGUAUGUGCACCAAGUAACCAAAUUAUCUGAUCCGGAUUUGGCAAUGGACCAAAUAGAAUACUUGAGAACUAAUCCCAAUGCGUGUUUACUCAUUGAUGGUGAAUCCUUGGCCAUAUAUAUGAAGUAUUUCUGUGAUGAAUUUCUAGAAGUAGCUAUUAAAUUGCCAGCAGUUAUUGCUUGUCGUUGCUCGCCACAACAAAAGGCUGACGUUGCUGUUGAAAUCAGACGCGUCACUGGUAAACGUGUCUGUUGUAUUGGAGAUGGUGGUAAUGACGUCAGUAUGAUUCAAUGCGCUGAUGUCGGUGUUGGAAUUGUUGGUAAGGAAGGUAAACAAGCUUCUUUGGCAGCUGAUUUCAGUAUUGAUCAAUUCUGCUAUUUAACCAAGUUAUUGUUAUGGCAUGGGAGAAACUCAUACAAAAGAUCAGCAAAGUUGGGCCAGUUUGUCAUCCAUAGAGGGUUAUUGAUAUCAGUGGCGCAAGCAGUGUACUCUAUGUCAUCCAAAUUUGAACCCAUUGCAUUAUAUAAAGGUUGGUUGAUGGUGGGAUACUCCACUGUAUACACCAUGGCUCCAGUAUUUUCACUUACUUUAGACUGUGAUGUCGAUGAGCACUUGACCAAAGUGUAUCCGGAAUUGUACAAAGAAUUGACGUUGGGUAAAUCAUUGUCGUACAAGACCUUCUUUAUGUGGGUAUUUAUUUCGUUAUAUCAAGGAUGUGUUAUCCAAUUGUUGUCUCAGCAGUUUCAAACUAUACACCCUAAAAAAUUCACCACCAUGGUUGCUUUGUCAUUUUCAUGUUUGGUUUAUAACGAGUUGUUCAUGGUAGGGCUUUCAGUCAAUAGAUGGAAUAAAAUAAUGGCAGCCACCAUCGUCGUGACAUUUUUGGCCUACGUUGGAUCAAUCCCAAUGUUGUCGGAAUACUUUGAUUUGGGGUACAUUAGCUCAAUUACUUACUUAUGGCAAACCUUAGUCAUUUUGAGUGUGAGCUUAUUCCCAGUCUGGCUAGUACAGUAUUUGAAUAGAAGAUUGAGACCUCCAACUUAUGCCAAAGUACAACAAGAUUGA